AUGGCUGUAACGCAGUCUCUCCAGCUGGUCAACGUUGUAGUACCCAAGGAAGGAGAGGCAGACGACGUCUCUUUCAUAAGAACGGUAUUUAGCUCCAUUGUAGCAGCUACCGUGCAACACAACACGGCGUAUCUUGCACAGGAGGACGUGGUUUGUCUACUGUGCAGCAGUGGGGAUGGCUCGAGGAAGGGCUACCUGGCCGCUGACGGGUUCGGCUCCGAGUUUUGCUACCUGGAGCCCGACACUAAGGGAGAGUCCACUGUCUCUUAUGAGCCAUCUGAGUUGUGGAAGUGUACCUUUCAACUUGAGGAAGCACUCUCUGUCCAUGCUCUGAGCACUUACAAACCCAAAAAGAAGCAGGUCCAGAGAAAGAUACUAAUGUAUGGCCAGGCAGUUCUCCUCCGUCAUCAAGGGACAAAGAAGCUGCUGCGUUGCCUGGCAUCCUCUCCGGCCAACGACAAACUGGCCCACCACAUUGGAUUCAGUGAGAAACCAGUGAUGGUGGAUGGUAGUUGCUGGUUCGUGGUGUGUCCAUCGACCAAGCAACGGUCUGACGGAGAAAAGGUUAUAGCAGGCGAUAACAUUCUCCUGCGCAGUGUGUCAAAUGAGCGAUUUCUCUCAGCCCAUCAGCAGAGUGGGGAGAGUGACAUAGCCAAGCAUUCAAACAUAGUGCAGGCUUCCUUCCAGCUGUCAGUGUGGGCUCUGAACAUUGUGUGUUCUGGCAGUGCUCGAGAGGCUGCCAGUGGGUAUGUGAAUGGAACGGAUGUGAUUCAUCUCCUCCACUGCCACGGAGCUGGCGACAGCCUCUGCGUGGCCGCCCGGAGCUGUGAUAAGAAUGUCACUACAGAGAAGACAUGCUCGGAUGUAUGCUACGAGUGUCCAGUAAAGGCACCACUUAGAACCCUCUGGAGAGUUGAACUCUUUCAAAUGAAGUUUGGGGGAGGGUUUACCGAGUGGCGACAGCCGUUCAGACUGCGGCACGUGGUGACUGGCAGGUUCCUGGGAGUGAGGUCAGUGUGUCGAACCAACUGUGGGGGUGGGGGUGGGGGUGGUAAGGAGGGGAUGGGGGAGGAGGGGAGAGGAGAGAACCACCCCCAGACUGGUACAGCUGAUGAUAGACACAUUGCAGUGCUCCUGGAGCCCAGCGAGGCCACUUUCAAGGCAUCGGCAUUCUACUUCACUGAUGCCACGUCACCAGUGACAACUGCGGCCUCGUCUCUCUCGGGCAAGGCAGCUGUAGUCUGCCACGAGGCGAUGGGCCAGCCACAGGUAAAGUUUGGUGACUCUGAGGUUCUCCUGGUCCACGUGGACUCUGGGAGACUGAUGGGCCUCCCGGUGACCCAGCACACUCGCCACCUCCUGGGCCGGAGGGAGAGGAGGAGGGUGGUGGUCCAGCGAGAGAGACACCAGGGGCAAGAGUUCACCGUCACGCGGGGCUCGGAGGAGCAGGCAAAGGCCGCCAGCAUCAUACAACUGAUGGAGACCUGCAUGAGGAGCUACGUCAAGAAGCUGCUCUGUUCUACAUGUUCAGAGUCUGAGAGCCUGUCUUUUAACCUUAUCCACCUCCUGGACGACCUCAUCCACUACUUCCAUCUCCCCCCACCUCCCCUCACCUCACCCCCUCCCCUCUCACACACCUCUCACCCUCCCCAACCUCCCUCCUCCUCCUCCUCCUCCUCCUCGCAGACCCACGACUCGUGGCAAGCCGAACUCUGUCUCCUCCGAGAGAGACAAGAACUCUUCCAGAAACAAGGUCUACUCUCGUUCACUCUCAACGUCAUAAUUGAGACUGGACAGAGCUGUCGCACCAGGUGCACCAAGGUGGGCAUACAGAUCCACCACAAGCUCUACGAGCUGCUCACGGCCAUGAUCCGACGCAAUCGCAAGAACUGCAGCGAGUUUGCCACCGUCAAGUGGCUCAAGGUGUUCAUCGACCAGCUGAGCAUGCCGCUGUUCACGCACGACGUCCUGGAGGUUGUCCAGUGUCUCCUCACGGACAGUCCAGAGGUCCUCAACAUCAUCACCAAGGAACACGUGCAGGUGAUAGUGAACCUUCUGUUGUCACGAGGUCGUGAUGACAUCGUCAUGAAACUCCUCUCCUCUCUGUGUGUUUGCUCUGACGUCGCCAUGAGAGACAAGCAAAGACUCAUCUAUCAACACCUCGUUGAUUGCAGGGACUUACUCAUCCAGACUUCCCUCCAUGACUACAUACACUGUCUUCAUCCUGGUCUGUACAUUGGAGCUAAUGACGGGGGCAACUCCAAUCAGAGAUGGUAUUACGAGGCCCGGGUCACCCAGCUCCCUGCCAAAAACACCAGCAAACACUUUCAUCUCCGUGUCGGCUGGGCCCAUCCCACCCUCUUCCAGCCACGCCCCUCCAGUAACAGCAUCAUCACCACGUCUGGCGGGGUCGGCGACGACUUGUACUCUGUCUCAUUCGAUGGAGAGUUCAUCUGGGUCGGAGGUCACCCAAUCAAAUGUGGCGGGGAGCCCCCAUCAUCAAACCACCGUAAGGGUGUUCUUCAGCGACAGGUCUCUCUCUCCGCGUCGCCUGUGCCACCGGUGGGAGACCAGGAACCAGAGAAAUCCGGGACGUGUGGGAGGGUGGGGGAGGGAGACGUGAUAGGGUGUUACAUGGACCUCGGGCGAAGGGAGGUGUGGUUUAGUAAAAAUGGAGCCACAGUGUCAGGAGUUCUACGACUUCCUCACUUUGAUGAUGACGUGAUAACCCCUGCAAUUAGCAUGUCCAGUAAUGUCAGCAUGGUGCUGUCGUAUGGAGGGAGCAUGGGUGAGUUCUCCCAUCCUCCCCCCUCUGAUUACGCAGGGCUGUGUGAGGCAGCCCCUCCAUCUAGCAGCACUGACGAGCUCAGACUGCGUCCAUUUAUCACCCUGGGGACGUCCGGUGACCUGGCUUUGGCCGGGCCGGAGAUACACGCCAGCCACGAGGGAGAGAGACUGGCUCAGCAGCUCCAUGAGGUCUGGGCCAAGAACAAGAUUGACGCUGGCUACACAUUUUCUGAGGAGCGUAAUGAUGCGCUGAAGCAGCACCCCAUGUUGUGUCCCCUCUCCUCCCUCUCCCCGGAGGACAACCAGUACAACCACUCCAUGGCCUACCAGUCCAUGGCCACCCUCCUGGUUCUGGGAUACCAGAUAGUGCCUCCUGAUGCUCGCUCCUCCAGCCAGCUCACCUAUCUCCACCUGGAUGAGGAGACGUACAGACAGAGCAACGGACUAGCUGAGAACUGCCACAACGCGUGGGCCGCUACCCGCAUCAAAGAGGGCUGGACCUACGGGAGGUCCACGGACACAGAGUCCAAGAAAAACCCCUGCCUAGUGCCUUAUGAGAAACUGGAUCCAGCAACAAAGAAGAGCAACUGGGACUCAGCCCAUGAUACAGUGCGGACAGUGGUGGGUCUGGGUUGCACCAUUGUCCCUCCCUCCUCCUCCUCCUCCUUUCUCCGCCACCUCACCAGGGAGUACUCUGAGUCUCAGGUCAAGAUAAUAAACUUCAGAGGACAGACCUGCUAUGCAGUCACCUCUGGGAAAUGGUACUAUGAGGUCAAGCUAGUCACAGAUGGCAUGAUGAGAGUCGGAUGGGCCACCCCUUCAUUUCAACCUCAUCUCCCUCUAGGAGAUGAUGAGCAUUCCUAUGCUUUUGAUGGCUACUUGGCAUGCAAGUGGCACAGUGGAAGGGAGAGUUUCGGCCAGCGGUGGAGUGCGGGUGACGUGGUGGGCUGUCUCCUGGACAUGGACCGGGGUCAGGUGGCCUUCACUCUCAACGGAGACCUCCUCCAAGACUCCCUCGAGUCCUCCGUCGCCUUCGAGGGGGUGAGGGGCGCCGGACUCGUCCCUGUCAUUACUGUAGCCGCAGGACAAAAGGCCCAACUCAACUUUGGAAGAUCAGAGGAGGCACUACGGAGCAACUUCUCAUCACUGGACUAUAAACCACUCUGCAGUCCAUCAGCUCUUCAUUUCAAUGUCCCACUGUGGUACUCGUGGCCUCAUGAGUCCCUGGAGCCCCUCUCUCCCUCCCACCCCCGUCUCCUGGUGGCACGGAGACCCAGCGACCUCGCCCCCAAGUCUUCCUCCUCCCACUGCCCGGUCCUCUCCGUGUCCUGCCGAGACUGGGACUACUCUCAGGGAGCCCAGACCGAGUGCCUCCGACUCAGUGCCGGCGUUCUAGUGACACCCGAAACCACGCCCGUCCAGGCCACACCCCAAUGCAUCCAUCCCCGCCCAGGUCCCUUCUCCCCCACUUCGACUGCCGCAGCCAAUGGCUGGGUCCCGUUUGCCGACUGCAGCAUCUCUCCGAGAAGAAACGUGGUGUCUUACACAGCGGUGGUCCCCGCAGGGCAGGACCCCCGGACUGUCUAUGUCGGCUGGACGACUGCGCAGUUUCGCUACGUCUCCUCCCAGUUUCAGACCAGCAGUGGAGGGUGGAGCGAGGGAGGGUGUGACGGUGUGUUUGGUCAGAGGGUGGAGUGUGUGGGGAGGUGUGAGGAUGGCCCCACCUCCGGGCGAGGUUCUCGUUCCCCCAGUAAUAUCGUGGAGUACAGUCAAUCAUCUGCCUACCUGGUGUGUGUGAAGCAGCUGCUGUCCAGUUUCAAUGACCAGAACCUCGCGGAGUCUGUUCGGGUGGUGUGCACUCUGGACCUACUCUCUGGUCAACUGGCGUUCUCCACCGCACUCCCUGGACAGAACUCCUCCUCCCACAAGAGGACCCUCUCUGUUGAGACACGCUGCAAACUGUUCCCCACUGUCAUCACCACACCAUCCACUGAGAAAAUCAUUGACCUUGACUUCACCCCCGACCUCUGUUGCAAUUCAAUUGCCUCUACACUUGUCCCGACCUCCUCUGGAGCCAAACUAUCCCCCUGCCCCUCUCGUUUCAGGCUAAUGGCCCUCACCCCCAGUCGGUGGGUGAGGCAACCGUUCCACAGAGUUCCAUUCACGUCGUCUGUCACGGCAGAAGGUGGUGUGGAGGUCCAGUCCCACAGAGAACCAAGUUACUCCGUCUUUGCAACUCUCCCCGAGGAGGACCAGGUGAUGGACCUCCUGGAGCUCUCAGAGAACGAGAAACUUAUCCAGUUCCACAUGAGCACCCUCAUGGCCUACAGUGCCGUCUCCUCCAAUUGCAACGAAGCCAUCGUGAGGAAGGUCGCGGCCAUUCUCGACCCCGAGCAGCUUCUCCGCUGCCUCAAGUUGCGCGGGAUGCACUAUUCGUUGCGUGCCGCCUACACGCAGUUGUUCAACACGCUCCAUCUGGAUCCUGAGGUCCACACGAAGCUGGUGACCCGUGGCGAGUUUAUUCUCCCUCUCUCGGCCCUCGAGAACCCCGUCCCACUGUUCCUCCCGGCCACGCAGCAUGAGCUAUCUCCGACUGUUGGCGUGAGGUGGGGGACGCCUGAAGUGGACGGGGCCCUCUCUCGCCAGGCCAGAGUGACGCACAACAUCAAGAGUUGCUUGCCUUGUGGAGUGAGUGAUGGAGCGUGCAGACUCAUUUUCUCUGUGAGGCAGUUGAAGGAGAUAGUGUUCUAUGACCUGGAGAAACUCCUCUCCACCAGGUACCACAAGGGCACUCUUCUUCCUCGACUGAGUUGUUCAGAGGUGAUAGUUCCUCUGCUGACACUGCUGGACAACCUGCUGGUGGUGGGGGCACUCAGGGACCAGAGAGACCUCGGGAAACUCCUCUCUCUUCUCGAUCCUCAAACAUUCGCCCUAAAAGGCACUCCAUACUGUGAGGGUCUACUGUCACUCCAAGUGGCUGUGGAGGAGCCCAUCAAGCUGGCCCUGUGCAGUGUCCUGCAGCACCUCUGUGACUGCCUGGUCCAGCAUCGUGUAGAGUCCACCGUCGCCUUUGCCGCUAGCUACGUCGACUCCCUCCGGAGAGACCAGAAGGAGAGAUACGAGAAGACGUUUGUCAAGAAACCCAGAGAGUUUCGCUCUCCUCCGAAGAAACAGAUGGAGGGGAUGUUGUCGUUCCAACUGGGCGGUGUGUCUUGCUCAGAGUGUCCAACCCCAUCAGACCUGCGCCAGGCCCUGCAGGAGUUCCACAGUGACCUCAAGAGACACUGUGGUGCAGCCCACACCACCACCCUCUCCCCCGACAACAUGGCUGAUAAGACUGGGGGACAUACACCCCAAGAUGAUUGCUCCUUUAUACCAGGAGAUAGUUCAAUAGCAAGUGCAAUGAUCUUGUUCUUUUUGGUGUACAUAAUCCUGUCUGAGGGAGAAGCUGAAGGCCCUGGCAGUGUUGGUCCACAAGGCUCUCUUCUCCUCCGAGCAGACCGGGAGGCCAGGGAGGGGGUGAAGGGAGAGAAGGAGUGUGGGCUGCAGAGGAUGGUGAUGUCCACCAUGAUCCUCUGGGCCCAGCAACCCAUCCACUCCCCUGAGCUCAUCCAGCAGAUAUUCUCUCUCCUCUACCGUCAGUGUGAUGAGAUCAAUGAAGUGGUACAAGCUCUACAGAAGACGUAUGUGAUAGACCUGACAGAGAGUCCUGGAGUGAGGAUGAACUUUAACCUCCCGGGGUUCAGAAGGGCGCUGGGGUGCCUGAGACUCCUGCUCAAGGUUGGGAUGGGCAGAGAGGAGGAGCAGAGCCUCAAGAAUAGCCUCAGGACCAUCAGUCACAGCGGGCUGUUCUACUGCCAUCCUCAGUUGUUGAGGUCACUGGGGGUUCACCUCACGGUGCUAGGUCUCAUGAGGUCCUAUCUGGGGAUCAGAGUGGCCGGGCUGGAGGAUGACAGCUUCCUCACUGCCAGACGCAAGAUGAAGAUGGCCAUGAACAAGUUAGCUACGUAUCAAAUCCACAAGAACUACUAUGAUAUGUCACCACUAUCCAGGAGGGUCUACCGGCGCCCGGUGGAGUGGUGCUGCAAGUUCCUGAGUGCUUUUGCUCGUGUCAGCUCAGACAACCAGAGAGCUCUCUUCAGCCACAUCAGCUACCUCCUUGAGUACUCUGAGAAUAAUCCAGGUUGUAUGACAUGUCGAGGGUGCACACCACUGGAUGUUGCCACAGCAACCAUACGGGACAAUGCUGAGCUGUGCCUUGCUCUAGAUGAUGCCCACCUCCACCAUGUUGUGUCUCUCCUGGUCUCCACGACUACCAGUGUGGCAGUGGGUGGAGGGUCAUUGGAGCAGGGAGGAGGGGAGGAUGGGAGGGAGGGAUCGGUGGGGAGUGUGGCUUGUGACUGGGCUCCCAAUGGCGGCGAAAAGUGCCUGGACUUCCUACAAUGUGCCGUCUGGGCUGAUGGAGAGCAGAUCCAGGAGAAUGCCUAUGCCAUAGUGAGACUCCUCAUCCAUCACCCCGAGUCCCUCGGACCAGCGCUCGCUGGGGAAGCCAUAGGACUCCACCGGGUGUACGAAGACGUCCUCGACCACAUGUUGGACACUCCGCAGUACGGGAGCUCCCGGGCCAGCCCCCGUGACUCUUCUGACCUCGGCUCUGCCCUCCCUCUCAGGGGAAGUCCCGAUUCCCCUCCCAGCGACUCCCACGCCUCCCCUGCAACACAGGGGAUUAUCCCAACCCACAAGGAAGCAGCUCUUCUCUUCCUGUCUCGUGUGUAUGGUGUGACUGAGCCUCAGCUCUUUCGAGAGCUCCUAGCUGAUGCCUUCCUGCCUGAUAUCAAAACUGCUCUCAAACUUGCCUCGAGCCAGGAGCAGUCUCCCCUAACCAGUCCCCUCCUUCACUACUUGUGUUCCUCAGUGUUCCCUCUCCUGACCUCCUGUGCAGCCAUGCUACCCCAGCUCCUCGCCCACCUCCACAUCAUCAUCAACCUCCUCAUGUGCUGCUGCAGACUAGGCACCACCUGCCAGCUCACUGCCAAGCAGCUGAGCAACCUCACUGCCUUCCUCACCGAGGCAUACAGGUGUCUUCACCCGGUGGCCAUCCAAAAGCUCCUGCCCAAAGUGAUUGCUGACAUUCCCAGCAUGCAGCCCCAUACCAUCAUGUACAUGGAGUUGCUGGGCUCUCAUUUCUCCCACUAUGCCCGCUACUAUGAGAGUGGCCAGAGGUCGUUGGGACAGGCCUCAGAGGAGGAGAAGGUGUUGUCUGCAAUGGUCGUGUACCAUCUCCUAGACACCCUGGCCACCUCCCUGCCCCCUGACAGACUCGAGAGGAGCUGUGGAAUAUGUCUGCAGGCCGUGAGCUGUGCCAUAGCCCCAGGCACUCUCCUGCCCUCCCAGUGUCAGCUGGGCUCACUCUACCAGUCCUCAGCCAUGGGGUACGACCCACGGCCAGCCUGCAUCGAGAGAGUCACCGUUUUGAAGCCAGAGGUGAAGCAGUUUGUCCAGGACUAUGCCAAUGUGCUCCAUGAUGUCUGGAUAUUUGAACAGCAAGCUCUAGGGUGGACCUAUGGCUCUGACUACUGUGAGAAAACACACGAGGAUCCCAACCUUAAACCCCUCAAAACUCUACCUCCCAAGGUAAAAGAAGAGUACACACGGCCUAUUGAAGAGGCAGUCAAGUACCUAAUCGUCAGGGGCUGGUGUGUGAGUAAAGUCAGAGCGGCUGACUUUAGUGGGGUCCCCACGAGGCCCAAGACCAUAUGUCUCAGGAGGAGGAAGAGGAAGGACGGGACGGAGGACGUUCCGUAUGAACCCGAGGUGCUGGACUUGUCUAAAGUGAGCACGCCAGUGGAGAUACUAGCAAUGGCUGAAAUGAUGGCAGAGGAGGCUCACGACAGAUGGGCCAGCCAGCUUAAGAAAACCUCUGAUGACUACCAGUCCCACCCAUUCUACCAGCCAUACGAGCUGGUUGAUGACGUGGUCAAGGAAGAGAGGAGGUCCUAUGCCCUGGACAUGUUGCGCUACCUCCGUCUCUGUGGAUGUGAGCUUAUCAGGACCGGGAAGACUGCUGCCAGUCUGGCCCAAUCCAGACAGAGCAGUGUGUGUCAGGAGAGGUUUUCUCUGCAACUGUUUGACAAGUUCAUCCGUCUACUCUCUGACAACCGAGACCCAGUCUACUACAGUCGAGUCCUGUUCCCAACACUGGCCAGUUAUCUCGACCACAACAGAAAGUAUUUCAUUCCCCUGACGGGUCAAAGGUCGGCUAAUUCAGCCAGCAGAGAGGAAAAACUUAUCAUUCUCAGGCUGUUCUGUCAAGUGAUGGACUAUGCCCACACCCACAAGUUCAACAUCUUCUCCAGCAUCCACAGACGAAGCAGCAGGUCCCUCUCAACCCUGGGCCGCAGGGCGACUCUCGACAAAGCCCAGCCGCUGCCCGAUGCCUCAGCCUCAGAGGAGAAGGGUUCCCUGUUCCGUGAGAUUCACCACCUCAUUGAGUCCAUAGUGAGGUCACUGGAUGUACCGGCCAUUACAUUGGGGUGUGGGAGUCUGGCAGAGCAGUGCCCCGGCAUACUCACCUUCUUCAAGCAGGCUCUGGAGACCGUGACCACUGCCAAGAGAGAAAUGUCGCAGAAUAAACAGUUGAAGAACUCUCACAUCCAGUCCUACACCCUCUCCCUCCUCAUCCCAGCUCUGACAGUGUUGUUUAACCACGUGGGCUACCGAGGCACGAGUCGGUUCUUGAUCCAGGGCCAGGUGCUGGUCCACUGCAGACUCAUCUUCCAGAAUCUGGUGGAAAUGGCCACCGGAGUCACUCCCAUCUUUGUUGGAACAUCCCCAAUUGUUGUAAUUGGUCGUUGUCUGGGGGCGUUCUCACGGGCCUAUCCCGACCCCUUCCUUGAGAAGCGGUUGUUUGGUUUUGACCUGGAGUCUUUGCUGAGUCAGUUGGACGUGGCCUCCACUCAGGGUUCCACAGCCGGCAAUGUUCUCUAUGUCGUCGAUAUUGUCAUCCCCGUCCUCUCAAACUACAUUGCCAAGUGGUACAGUGGAAAUUCCCUUGACAGCAGCAACCAAGAGAAAGUUGACUACACACUCUCUCAGAUCUUGGCUCUCGUCACCACUCACUUCGCAGUACAACUGACUGGGUGCUGCUGGUUUGUACGGAUAAUUGACAGUUCCCUGGCUCUGGCUCAGAAGUGUUCCUCCAAACUCCUCUCCACACACCUGCUGCCCAUGUGUGAGAGACUGAGGGAGAGGGCUGUGGCUCUGUGGCAGACCGAGCAGCUCAUCACCUCACACAUUGCCACCGGGUCCUCCUCCUCUUGCAGUUCUGGUGUGGAGACAUACACCGAAGAGUUGGUUGGGGACUAUAAGAAGCUGGUGAGGGACCUGGCCACCACUCUGCUGUUCCUGGUGGUGUUCCUCAAGUCGCACUCAGAGGAGCUCCGGGAGGCGGAGGGGAGAAGAAGGGAGGAGGGCGGCUAG